CCACUCUACGAAUACCUAUUUAACUUGAGAUCGUGUCUCUUGGCGAGCUACCAAGGCCUUCUUUCGAGCAUAGCGUAUCGUCAGCUCAGCAGACCGAAAUCUAGAAUGUUGGAAUCCCCGAUUCUGCUUGUCCUAGCCUGCCUCGCAAUUGGCAUCUUCGCUACCCUCAUUCAGCACCGCGAGAAGAACCUGCCGCCGGGCCCAACGCGCAUCCCGCUGCUGGGGAACGCAUGGCGCGUGCCAGUGGAGAAGUCGUGGAUGUACUUCCACUCGCUGUGCCAGAAAUACGGACCUAUGGUCAUGCUCAAGGCGCUUGACAACGAUAUAUUGGUGUUGGACAACGCAGAGGACAUCGAAGAGCUGCUCGUGCAGCGCUCGAAAAACUACUCGUCGAGGAAGCAGCUCAUCUACGCAGGCAAGUACCGUUCGCGAGACAAACGCCUAGUUCUGAUGCCCUACGGACCGCUUCUCAAGAAGUAUCGCACUGCCAUACACACGAUGAUGAACCCGCAGGCUGUCGGCGCAUACGAGCGCUUUCAAGAGCGCGGCUCGAUGGUGCUGCUCAAGGGUAUCAUAAACGACCCCAGCAAGACGUACAUCAACAUCAAGCGGUUCACCGCCGAGACGCUCUUCACUCUGAUCUACGGCAAGGGCUUUGGGAGCGAGGAGGACCUGCGCACCGUGCUGCACAUCCUCGAGACGUUCAUCCGGGACAUGCACCCGUUCACGCACAUGGUCGACUGGGUGCCCAUCCUCGAUUGGCUACCGGACUUCUUAGCCCCUUGGCGUGACGAGGCGCGCAAGAAGGGCGAGUACGAACAUGAAUUCUACAGCCAUCUUCUCAAGGAUGUCAAGACACGGAUGGACUCGGGCGCGCAUGUCGAGUGCUUUGCUGCUAACCUUUGGGAGAACGCGGAACAACUUGGUCUCGAUGAGGACUCCUUGGCGUACAUUGCUGGUACCGCAUUCGAGGCUGGAACGGAUAACACUGCUGGAGUCAUCUUGUGGUUCCUUGUUGCCAUGAUGCACUAUCCCGCCGUCCUGAAGCGAGCGCAAGCGGAGCUUGAUGAGGUCCUCGGUGCCAAUGGCGAUACUGCGCCGUGCUACCACCACCUCGAUCAGCUGCCAUACUGUUUGGCGCUUGUCAAGGAAGGCCUCCGAUGGAUGCCAGUCGCUCCGUUGGCAGCGCCCCAUUACAGUCUGCAAGAUGAUGUCUAUAAGGGCUUUCGCAUUAGCGCAGGGACGACCGUGAUACCGAACAUCUGGGCUAUUCAUCACGAUGCGACCAUCUACUCUGACCCGUUCGAGUUCAAUCCCGAGAGGUUCCUCAUGGCAAAAGAGGAUAUACGGCCUGAGUCGUCGUUGAAUGAGGGACACUCUGCCUUCGGCUUCGGGAGGAGGGUCUGCCCUGGGCAACACUUCGCCGCGAAGUCCGUCUGGAUUGGCAUGGUGCGCCUCAUGUGGGCUUUCGACAUCAACCCUCCGAUGGACGUUAACAAGAAGCCUAUCUUGCCGGAUGUCGGCGCGUGCCGUUCGGGUCUGACUGCUGAACCGGCGCACUUCGACGUCGUUCUUACUCCGCGCUCAGAGCGGCACAUUCAAACCAUUCGGCGGGAGUCCUGAAUGUUCGACAGGUUCUGAUAGAUGCAUUUCAAGCGUUUCAGGCCCGUGUAUACGCAAGGUGUGUUUGAUGUUCUGUAUUUCUCGUUGACUUUGGGCUAUGUGUCAUUUGUGUACUCUUGUCAAACUUAUGUUUUCAGCGAUUGCUGAGUGUUGUCAUUCUGAUUGCGACCCUGCUUCUCGGCAUCCGUGUGACCCGGCGCAUCU